AAUGUUCUCUCUUAUCCUCAUAUACUUCUUCCAUCACAACUCAUUUUAUGAAUAAAAGAGAAGUCUUCUAUUGUUCUAUGUACAUACAUUCACCUCAAGAGCUAGUUCUUCUCUCCUCCUCAUUAUUCACAAGAAAAUGCCGAUUGGUGAGGUUAUGGUAGGGGCUGCUCUUGGAAUUACUCUGCAAGUGCUUCAUGAAGCCAUCAUGAAAGCAAAAGAUAGAUCUUUAACCACAAAAUAUAUCUUGGAACGCCUCGAAGCUACAAUCUCCAGGAUCACUCCCUUGGUGGUUCAUCUCGAUAAGAUCAGCAAAAGAGUAGAAGAUUCUCAGAGGAAAGUCAUUGAAGACCUCAAGCGUCUUCUUGAAAAGGCUAUUUCUCUUGUUGAGGCUUAUGCAGAACUCCGACGCAGAAACCUACUCAAGAAGUAUAGGUACAAGAGUAGAAUCAAAGAGUUGGAAGCUUCUUUAAGAUGGAUGGUAGGGGUGGAUGUUCAAGUCAACCAAUGGUUAGAUAUCAAACAACUCCUGGCCAUGUCUGAAAUGAACACUAAACUCGAGAGGAUCACGUGCCCACCAACUGAUUGUAAUUGUUUCAAGAGCAAUGAUAGCACAUCACCAGUGUUAUCACAAAGUAGUAAUCAAAAUAUACUCGAAGCAACAGACGGAUCGUCAGAGGAAGACGAAGAAGAAAGCCCAAGGAUUGAUAUCCACCUUCGAUGGAGUUCAAGAAAAGGAGCUAAAGAUCGUGAGAUCCGAUUCAUGGUCAAGUGAGGUCUUAAGCAACAAGUAAAAUGAAUGCUCAAAUGUGAAAUGGGAUUAUCUUUUUUUUUUCUUUUCUUGUUGUUGUUGUGUGGAAUGGAAAUGGAAAUCAUAUACACAAAUAAUGUGUAGAAAUGUAGAGUUCUUUUUUUUUUCUCAAUUCUAAAUGUCAAUUGUAUUACAAAAUUUACCAAUAAGGAAUUUUAUAAAAGAAGGAUGU